GCCCUGUCCAUUGCGGUCGAGGCGAUACGAAUCUUUCCCGAGUUCCCAGUCCGCAGCGGUCCAGAUGAAAAGCCCGGCCCGCGAAAUAUUGACUAAGUGUCGGCGGAGCAGGAGGACCGUCCAACCUGACAGCGCAACAUUUGCAGUUCCGUUCAACCACCCCAAUCAGAUGGACGUAGAUUGUUGGCCAGGAUACGGGCCAGCAGGACCACACACUCGCCUGCCAGCUGAUAAAUAUCACCCUCGAAAGAGACGGGCAGAUGGGCCAGAAAGAGAGGGCGCUGUGGCCUCGGUAGGGCGCUUCCAAGGAAUGCCAAACGGAAUGCUGCUGAAGUCAACCCGCGGGCAGUGCACAUGUCCUGGGCCCAAGUGUUUUAAUUAUAAAAAUGAGAUAUCGCAGAACUGCUGCGCAGACAUCUUCGAUAUAGCUGGGUGUCCUCGAACCCUCGGCAUAGUUGGCCAAACUAUGCGAAUCGCGUGGCAUUUGCACGAGCCUUCUGUUUGCCCACGAGGGAAGCAAAAAAAAGCAGGCGGGAAAACAGCCGGAAGGAAGCGCAUGUUGACUGAGUCCUCGUCCUCGUCCUCAUUUUCUGACUCGUUACUAUCCCCAUUCCCAUUCGGACCCAAAAGCAGCCAAUCUUAACACAGACAAUUUGAAUGCAAAGCCCGCCAAGGAGGGUUAGGGUUCCAAAUAGAAGGACUGUUCGCGGAACUUCUAACUCCAUCCAGCACAUGGUAUUUACUCAUUCAUGCAUUGA